UGAACUGGGAACAGAACUUUUGCUGUCUCAUCUCCAAUUAACCUCAAUUCAAUUUUUAUCCGUACAAAAUGACUUUUUGUACAUUUCUAAUAAUUUUAUCAAUAAUCAAUUCUUCUGAAGCGCAAAAAAUUAUCAAAUUUGGUGUAUUUCUCAAUGCGAACGAUGUGGAGUCGUUGGAAUUGUUUAACAUUGCAAUUUUGCGUCAAAAUGCAUUCAAUACGCAAUUUCGUUUGGAACCAAUAAUCAAAAAAAUUGAAUCAAUUGACGGAUUUCAGGCUGAACAAAAAGUUUGUGAAAUGGUUGAAUCAGGUGCUGUUGCAAUUAUCGGUCCGAAAUCAUAUGAAAUUGCUGAUGUAGUUGCGUCAAUUUGUAAUGAACUAAACAUUCCACAUCUUGUGAGCUAUCAUCGUACACCAGAAAUCAAUAAAAAUCCAUAUCACAUGUUUACGCGUAAUAUUCAUCCAGAUACAAAAUUAUUGGCAAAAGCACUAGUCGAUACCAUGCAAAAUUAUCAAUGGACUCGAUUUGCUAUCAUUUAUGACAGUGACGAAGCUUUAAUUCGUUUGAAUGGCAUUUUGGAAAUGUUUACAAUUGCUGCAAAAUCAGUGACAGUGCAUAAAUUAACCGGCAAAGAUAUGAUCAAACAUAUAUUAAAGGACAUCACAAAGGCAAUGGAAAGUCAUGUGAUUAUUGAUUGCAGCAUUGAAAAUAUCGCCGAAAUAUUCAAACAAGGAUUAGACGUGAAAAUGAACGAGCACAUGUUUUUUUUCAUUACGAUGCCCGAUGGUCAUACAAUAAAUAUACCUGAAUUGGUUAAUUAUAAUACAUCCAACAUAAGGGCCAUACGAUUGAUGGCUUCAGAAGAUGUUGAAGCAAUGAAUAUCAUUGACCAAUGGAAGAAAACUAAAAAAUAUUUUAAUGCCGAACAGUCAAUUGCUGCAGAACAAGUAUAUGCACCAAAUAAAUUGAAACUUGAGGCAGCUCUGAUUAGAGACGCAAUUACAGUUGUAUACAGUGCAUUGCAGGAGAGGAAAUUAUAUCGAAAAAUAAAUGAGCCACCAACAAGAUGUGAUUUAAUCGAUCCUUAUGGAGCUGCUCAAAAUUGGCAAUACGGUAGUGAACUUCUACAAAAUAUUGACAACAAAAUUGCCAUGGGAAUAACGGGUCCAAUAAGAUUUGAUCAAUAUUAUAAAACGCGCGAAGAUUUCUCUAUGGACAUCGUUGAGUAUAGUCAAUCGGAAAAUAGCUUCAAAAGAGUAAAUGGAUGGAAUGCAAUUGAAGGACUGAAGGAACCUCGUAAAAAUGAAGUGGUGAAACCAAUAAAAAUGGAAGGUCAACAUUUUCGUGUUGUCACCGUCGAAGUUGAACCCUAUUUGACUGUAAAGAAAGGCACUCAUCAAGGAAAUGAACGUUACGAAGGAUUUGUUAAGGAUUUUAUGGAUGAAAUUGCAAACACGAAAAAGUUUACAUAUGAACUGUAUUUAUCACCCGGAAACCAACAUGGCAAACAUAAUCACAUCACCGGCAGAUGGGAUGGAAUCGUUGGUGAACUAUUGCGCGGCAAAGCCCAAUUCGCCAUUUGCGAUUUUACCAUUACACACGAACGAAUGACAGCCAUAGAUUUUUCUAGUCCUUUCAUGUCGUUAGGUAUAAGUAUAUUGUACUAUAAGAAAGAAGACAAAGCACCUGGAUUAUUGAAUUUUUUGCAGCCUCUCUCUACGAAAGUGUGGCUUUAUACGUUAACAGCUCUUCUAUGUGUAUCGAUUGCAGCCUACUUUCUGGCCAAGAUAACAAGCGCUGACUGGUUGGCUCCUCAUCCAUGCGACGAAGAUCCGGAAGAAUUGGAAAAUAUUUGGAAUAUGCACAAUUGUAUAUGGUUAACUGUGGGAUCAAUUAUGCAGCAAGGAUGUGAUAUCCUGCCAAAAGGAAUUCCAAGCCGGUUAGCAACUGCGUCAUGGUGGUUUUUUGCUUUGAUUGUGACUUCUUCAUAUACUGCAAAUAUGGCGGCUUUCUUAACCAAACAACAAAUGGAGGAAAGUUUUAAAAAUGUUGCUGAUUUGGCAAAAGAAACGAAGAUUAAGUAUGGUCUCAUGUCAGGCGGAAGUACCGAGGAAUUUUUCAAAAAUUCAAAUGAUUCAAUCUAUCAGAAGAUGUGGGCACGAAUGGAGCACAACCCAGAUGUAUUUGUUGAAACCAACAAUAAGGGAGUUCUGAGAGUGAAACAAAGUGAAGGUUCUUAUGCUUUUCUGAUGGAAUCGGCGACCAUUGACUAUGAGGUACAAAGAGAGUGUGGAAAACUUAUACGCGUUGGCGGUUUGCUAAAUUCGGCACAAUACGGAGUGGGUAUGCCAAAAUCCAGCCCAUUCCGCGACCAUUUCAAUGAGGCAAUUUUGGAUCUAAAGGAACGUCGUAUAAUUCACAAUUUAAAAGAAAAAUGGUGGAAAACACUAAACUAUAAGGAACAAAAUGGUGAAAAAUUGAAUUGCCCGAUCGUGGAAGAGGCGAAUGAUUCAGAUGACCCAGAUCUUGACGUAGAACAUAUAUUGGGCGUGUUUAUCGUUCUAAUGUCUGGCAUUGGGAUUGCGAUUUUCGUUGGCAUUUUGGAAUUUCUGUGGAACGUUCGAAAAGUAUCAGUUGCAUUAAAGAUCACACCAUCCGAAGCGUUUCGUCAAGAAUUGCUGUUUGCAUGCAAAGUAUGGUUGAGCCGAAAGCCGGUCUUGGAACAACAACAAGAAUCGCAAUCGUUAUCAUCGUUCGAUUCAUCAGGGAAAAAAUAAAAAAAGAUACAAAUUCGAAUAAAAAUUAUUAUUUAUUUUGCCCAUUGCUAACUUGAAAUGAUACAAUCCACUUGAAUUAAAGAUAUUUUAACGCAAUGCACUAACAUACAUGAAAUGUGGCAAGCAACGCACCGUGCGCGCAAUUAAAUACAUAUAAAAAAUCAACAUGCGCGCUCAAACAAUCCGAAAUGACGAACAUGAAAUCAAGAAUGCAAACGACAUAAUUGCCGGAUGUAAUGUAAAAUUAACAACAAAUAAUAAAUGUAAAACGGAAUAAAUUGAUACAGAUAGGCGCAUA